GCGUCACAUGCAGGCUGGUCCCCCUGACGAGCGGCUGUGUUUCUGCAGCUCUGUGUUAUAAUCAGGCAAGUCAAAUAACUUCUGCAUGUUUUACUAAACCUGCGAUUUAUAAAGACACACAGCUGUGCGAAUCGUGGAGCACACAGACAUUGACAGGAAGCACGAUGGCUUUACGCAGCGCAGCGGCUCGCCUCCUGACCUGUACCCGGCGCCGAGUGGCUCUGUCAGCAGCGCGAACGCAGCUCACCGCCGCGCCACAGAAAGCGAAGGUGCAGUUUGACUGGAAAGACGCUCUGCAGCUGGAGGGUCAGCUGACGGAGGAGGAGAAGAUGAUCCGGGACACCUUCCGCACGUACUGCCAGGACAAACUCAUGCCACGCAUCCUCAUGGCCAAUCGAAACGAAGUGUUCCACCGCGAGAUUCUGAACGAGAUGGGAGAAUUGGGAGUGCUGGGGCCAACCAUUAAAGGGUAUGACUGUGCCGGCACCUCCUAUGUGGCCUAUGGUCUGAUUGCCCGGGAGGUUGAGAGAGUGGACAGCAGCUACCGGUCAGUGAUGAGUGUCCAGUCCUCCCUGGUCAUGCACCCCAUCUACACGUACGGGACCGAGGAGCAGAAACAGAAGUACCUGCCCAAACUGGCCCGGGGCGAGCUGCUGGGCUGUUUCGGGCUCACAGAACCGAACCACGGCAGUGACCCAGGCGGCAUGGAGACCCGGGCCCGCUUCAACCCCUCCAGCAAAACCUUCACCCUCAACGGAACCAAGACCUGGAUCACGAACUCCCCAAUGGCGGACGUGUGCGUGGUGUGGGCGAAGUGCGAGGACGGGGAGGUGCGCGGGUUCCUGCUGGAGCGAGGCAUGCCAGGGCUGUCCACCCCGCAGAUCCAGGGCAAGUUCUCUCUGCGCGCCUCGGCCACGGGCAUGAUCGUCAUGGAGGACGUGGAGGUGCCCGAGGAGAACCUGCUGCCACACGCCACCGGCCUGGCGGGCCCCUUCGGGUGUCUCAACAGCGCCCGCUAUGGGAUCUCGUGGGGGGCGCUGGGGGCGGCGGAGUUCUGUUUCCACGCUGCGCGCCAGUACACCCUGGACAGGGUCCAGUUCGGAGUGCCCCUGGCCAGGAACCAGCUGAUGCAGAAGAAGAUGGCGGACAUGCUGACUGAGAUCACCAUCGGGCUGCAGUCCUGUCUGCAGCUGGGCAGGCUAAUCGAUCAGAAAAAGGCUGCCCCAGAGAUGAUCUCGAUGCUCAAGAGGAACUCCUGCGGCAAAGCUCUGGACAUCGCGCGGCAGGCGAGGGACAUGCUGGGAGGAAACGGCAUCGCGGACGAGUAUCACGUCAUCAGACACGUCAUGAACCUGGAGGCUGUCAACACCUACGAGGGAACCCAUGACAUCCAUGCACUGAUCCUGGGCAGAGCAAUCACUGGGCUUCAGUCCUUCACCGUGGGGAAGUAGUUCAGGGUUCACCAGCAACCAGAAACACCAACGUCUUCUACUGAGUGAAAUCUACAAUUUGAAGGGACUGAUCGCCAGUUAAUGCUGCAACUUUUUGUGUUUUUGUUUUAAAAAUUAAAAGACAGAUAUACUUUU